AUGAGGCCUUCGCUUUCCUCGUUGAGGGAACGGUCUGAUACGUCGGGCUGCGCGCAGGCAUCGCCUAGACCACUUGCAAAGCUUAGGCUGUGGAUUUUUCAUUUCAGCUGCCGUGCCUAUGAGCUGGGGCGUGAGGGGGGGCGACAACGCUUGGAGGAGGGACUGGGCUGCCAGCUUGCACCGAAAGUGCUGUUCCGAGUGGGCUUGACAGCAAAAGAAGGCGGUGGCGACCGAGGAACAUGUGCGGCAAGCGAAGAACCGUUGCGGUGCCCUGACGUUCUUCUCAAGUUAAUGCAUUCCAGUACCGGGUCAACGGAAGGGGAUGGGCUCAUGCAUGAAUUUAUGAGUUGCGCUUUGCAAUACCUUCGGGCCGCGUGUGCGUUCUUGGAAGCUUCAAGACAAGCAGAGGCACGAGGCGGUGACGGUGGCAGACAUGAAAAGCGAGAGUUGCUUAAUUGUCCGGCAUCGAACGAUGACCCGGAUGGGGGUUUGCCACACUCCUCCUUUGGUGGCAUAGAAGUUGCUGGACGCACCGAACAAUUCGUGUCCUGUCAGCAUUCGGCUUCGUCAGAAACUGCAUUACUUUUACAGCCGGGAAGUGCCCCCUUGUAUAGCAGUGAGGAUGGCGCAAGCGCGUUUGCUGGUGAUCACACUCGCCGCCUCGGUCUUCGUGGUGACGAAUGCGCCGUUGCAAAUAUGCAAGAAGCUCGGAUGAUGCUUCAGUUUUUUAUGGGCACCGCGUUUUCGUGUCCAAGUGAGCCCCUCGCUAAAGCUUUCCAGCUGAUUAUUGCCAGAGAAUUGGAGCAGUCCUUGCGCCCUUUCGAGACAUGUUGUGGAGUUCUGAGGUUUCUUUCUCCUCUUGACACGACGCCACAAACUGUGCAUGCAGAGAGAAGAAGAAGUGAGAAGAUGGGUCAUCUUUACUUUUUAAAUGGCACACUGACAUCGUCCAGCUUGAUGGAGGCGUUGUCGUCUUCUACCGAGGCUGAAGAUAGACAGAUACAGUGGUUUACAUCACCCUCUUCGGCGUCGGCACUACCAACUUUGAUGCUGCUCUUGACCGGGGGCUUGGAAGAACUACAACAGGCAUGUGAUGCAACAGCAGAGCCAGGGACAGCGGUGGAAGGGGAAAAAUCGUUGGUAGCAGAUCUUGCAAAAUCCACGCCUGUUUCAUAUUUAAGCCGCAGACGGGGCGGACGCCCCUCGAAGAACAGACACUUCAGCAGCACUCUUUCGGAGAAGGAGCUUUCAACUGCCGAGAAGGGGGCGGCAGCAUCUGCAUCGAAGCAAACGGUAUGGGAUGCAUUGUGUCUGUGUCGUCUUGCCAUUCCAUAUUCUGUACUCACAGAUAGGUGUGACUUGUUGUACCGCAUAUUUUUCAAAAUGGGUGAGGUUCCGCGGUAUUAUAACGUUCUCUCCAUAUACCCAGAUAUAUUGCGUGCACAUCAUGCCACAUUUCAAUUCAUCUUCUUUGAGGAAGGUCCACUCCCUAUUUGCGAGCGUUUGAUGAUAGCUUUGAUGACAGCCAGUCGCCAAAAAUGUGAGUAUCUCUUUUCGCGUUUUGCUGCUCUUUUAUUGCAUUUUGCAGAAAAGCAGCAAUCAAGUGAAGUGGUUGCGGAUACUUGGCUACUCCAAGGACCACCGCCAAGGCUGCAGGCGCUUCAACGUUUUAUAGGUAUUGCCACUCAUGUCCCCUGGCAGAUGAUGCUGAAUGACAUUCAUGGGGCCAUGAACGCUGGGUGGAGCAUACCUGGUCUUAUCCAGGCAUCGUGCAUUGUGGCGGAAACACUUUCCUUGUGUAGCUUUGUUAUGGGUCUUUUUGUGCCCAACGAUAUAUGGGUGUCAAUAACACUUCCACCUUCCCUAUCUGCUGCUCUUUCCUCUAUUUCGGCAUCUGGUGAGGUACCCCACCAUCAAAGCCAUGUUGAGUUUACACGGUACACUGGUAUCGACGGCAUUGUGAGUGAGAAUCGGGUUAAAGGCUCAUCCAACAACGCCUUUACGCUCUCUCACGGGACUUUUAACUGGCAUGAGCAUGGCGGCACCGUAAUGGAGCAAUAUUAUCCAGGUGCUGCAACACUUAUUAACAAUGAGCUUGACGCCUUUUCCGCAGUGGUUCGAAACCUAAACCGCUCGGACUGCGUUGGUCUUACGACGCCGGAGUACUCUCCAUCGAAUGCAUUUUGGUUCCUGCGCCUCUACGUGCAGAACAUUAUGGGCUUUAUACCAGAUGAUUAUCCAUACAACAGUAUUAAUAAGGUGCUUCGGCGCCCAGCCAAGUUGAUUGCUCAAAGCUGUACGAUGCGUCCCGAAACACUUCUAGGUUCUCAAAUGCGCUUAUGGGUUCAGACGGCUGGCGAUUUGGCGACGGCUUCUGGUGAGUUGCCUCCAGUGAAAGAGCCUAUAGCAGAGGCUGCAGAGAAGCUGCAACGGCCUGAGUUGGAUAUGACGGAACAAAAACAGCAGCUUAUCGAGUCCCUUACCUCACACAAAGCGCCGUUUAGGCUAAGCAUGCCGGGAACUGAGACGACCCCCCGUCCCCAACCUAGUGAGGAUGUGGUGGAAGCGGCCAUGCGGCUUCAUGAGGAGCGGUUGAUGUUUCUUAUUGUGUUGGCCACGAUGGAGGCGCGCAAGGAGGGAUUAUUGGCGCUUUUGUUGUAUCCGCUCUGGGAACUUCUCAAUAAUAUGUAG